GCCCGCGCGCGGUUAAGCGGCGGGUGGGGGGGGCGGCGGGAGCGCGCGGCGGCGGCGGGGUCUGAGCGCGGCCCCCAUGGAGCUGCUGCGGAAAUGGCUGGGCCACCCCGAGGACAUCUACAACCUGCUGCGCUUCAAGAUGGGCGGCUACCGCGCCGUCAUGCCGCGCAUGGACACGGACUCGCUGGGAUGUGGCCUCCGCACCUGCUACCGCUACCUCAACCAGACCAGCCGCAGCUUCGCCGCCGUCAUCCAGGCUCUGGACGGAGAGCUGCGACAUGCAGUCUGUAUAUUCUACCUGGUUCUUCGUGCCCUGGACACUGUAGAGGAUGACAUGAGCAUCCCUUUGGAUGUCAAGGUGCCGAUGCUGCAAGAGUUCCACUCCCAUCUCUACCAGCCAGACUGGAGGUACACAGAGAGCAAGGAGAAGGACAGGCAGGUGCUGGAAGACUUCCCAACGAUCUCCAUGGAAUUCAGAAACCUGUCCAAGGUCUACCAGGAUGUGAUUUCAGAUAUUUGCCACAAGAUGGGUGUUGGGAUGGCAGAGUUCUUGGAAAAAAAGGUGGAUUCUCAGAAUGAGUGGGAUAAGUACUGUCACUAUGUUGCUGGGCUGGUGGGGAUUGGCCUCUCCCGUCUCUUCUCUGCAUCAGAGCUGGAAGAUUCCAUCGUGGGGCAGGACACAGACCUGGCAAACUCCAUGGGCCUCUUCCUGCAGAAAACCAACAUCAUCCGUGACUAUCUGGAGGACCAGCUGGAGGGAAGGGAGUUCUGGCCCAGAGAGGUUUGGAGCAGAUAUGCCCAGAAGCUCUCAGACCUUGCCAAGCCAGAGAACAUCGAGGUGGCCGUGCAGUGCCUCAACGAGCUCAUCACCAACGCCCUGCACCACGUCCCUGACGUCCUCACCUACCUGUCCCGCCUCAGGAACCAGAGUGUCUUCAACUUCUGUGCCAUCCCCCAGGUGAUGGCCAUAGCCACACUGGCUGCCUGCUACAACAACCAGCAGGUGUUCAGGGGGGUGGUGAAGAUCCGCAAGGGCCAGGCUGUCACCCUCAUGAUGGAUGCCACCAACAUUCAAGCUGUCAAAGCCAUCAUGUACCAGUAUGUGGAAGAGAUCUACCAGAAGAUCCCGCGCACGGACCCGUCGUGCCGCCGGACGCAGCAGGCGGUGGCGGCCGUGCGCGCGCGCAGCCUGCCCGCCGGCCCCAUGGCCUCGCGCCCGCUCUGCUCGCCGCUCUACCUGUCCUGCGCCAUGCUGCUGGCCGCCCUCAGCUGGCAGUACCUGGGCACCCUGGCCGCGGCCACCGAGGACUGCGUGCAGGCAGGGGACAGCUGAAGGGAAGGGCAGAGGGCACGGGAGGCUCCUGGUGUCCCCUCCCGCCUGGGGGUGGCACAGCGCCGGGAGGUGACAAGGAUGGGGCGCAGCCUGCCGGGCUCCAUCCUCACCACCCUUGCUGUCUGCUGGAUGGCUGCAAAUGCUGAGUGGAGUCUUGGUGUUUGGCCUUGAGUGGGUUUUUUUCCCCCUUUCUUUCCUGUUUACCCAAACACUUUGUGUUGUUGGGUUGUAUUUUUUUUGUUCUUUUUGGUUUUGUUUUUUUUCCUGUUGGGAUGGUUUGAAAUAGAAACUGAUGUUGUUUCUUUUCUUCCUUGAGAUGUGAGGCAUCUUUCCAGCUCAGAGCUGAGCAAAACCUUGAGGGUUUUGCUUCCCCUUCUCCCUCACCUCGGGUGCCUGCUCUGUGCUGGAAGGAUGCUGCUUCAGCUGGGAGAGGAACAUGAUUCCUUCUCCAGGGAAAAAUCUCUGUGAUUGACAUCCUGCAGCCUGGAAAUAGGCAGUGGCCAUAAUCCCAUUUCUGUUGUGCUGAAGGAUGCUGAAAUGAGCCCUUUUAAUGUUACAUACAUGGCAGGUGAGGUACUCUGUCCACCUGGACGUGCCCCCAGCUGAAAGGCAGCUGUGCAGCUCCCUGCCCUGGGGCAGAUGGCCCCUGCAGGGACACAGCUCUUGUUCCAGCAGGUGGCUAAAAUGAGAAGGGAGCUGCCAGCACAGCCCUGAGCUCGUAACCCCAGGCCUGACUCCAGUGCAGGCUCUGGGCUCUGCCCUUACCCAGCCCCAGGGGAUGGGCUGGUCGUGCAGAGCAAGGCAGGGGAGAGAGAGUUUGCACCCUGCUGUCCCUCAUGGGAUGAUUUUUAGGGGGGCAUAGGGCACCCUGGAAUGCAGGAGUGAUCCCUGCUAUGAGCUGGGAAGGCUGGAGCCACUGGGGGAGUGACCAGGGCAGGUUUCCUUGGCCCACUUGGCUCUGGCUUGGGGUCAGACUGAUCUGUGAGCUGCCAGAGCCUCCCAUCUUCACAUCAGGCUGGACUUACAAGAGGAAACAGCACUCUAAAGGCAAGUCCUGUGCUCCUGGGGUGGAUUGCUGUUUUCAAGGUCCCUUCCCACCCCUUUCAAAUGCUGCUUUGCUGUUGUGAAGGGAAGGAGAGCCCAUGUCCUGCUCCAGGACAGAGCUGCCAGGUGCAGGGUGGUGGCUUUGCAAGGCCAAGCCCCUGUGGCCAGGCUGUUACUCAGAAGGAUAGCCCUACUCCACAGUUCCUGGUGUAGAUAGUUCUAUCUAAGCUGUUGUUCUAAAGAAACUUGAGGUAGCUCUCUUUGUGCAGCUUCCUGUCUUGUUGAAAUUAAAAGUUUUCUUUGGA